UUGACAAAAAGGGAUCCGAGCCCUUACAGCAGGUCCUUUCUGAAAUGGGAGGUUGGCCCGUUGUGGAAGGAGAAUUAUGGGAUGGAUCGAACUUCGAUUGGUUGGAGACUCUUUUCAAGUUCCGUAAGCAUGGAUACAGCCACGACAUUCUGCUGGAUUUGUCUGUCACUCCGGACUAUAGGAACAACAGCCAUCAUAUCGUUGAUUUGGACCAGCCUGUUCUGGGAAUGCCAGACAGAAGUUACUUGAUAAAAGGCCUGAACGAUUCGGGAGUUGCCGCCUACUACAGGUUGAUGGUCGACAGUGCUGUCCUCUUGGGAGCAACUCGGGAAGCUGCUGAAGAACAAAUGUUGGAAUCUCUCAACUUUGAAAUCACUUUAGCGAAUUUUUCGCUACCGAGAGAAGAGAGGAGGAAUAUUAGCAAGCUUUACAACAAGAUGAACAUCACCGAGAUCUACAAACUUGCCCCCAGUGUCAACUGGAGGGAAUUCUUCAACAAACUGUUGGUUGACCCCAUCCCAGACUCGGAACCGGUCAUCGUCGACGUUCCCGAGUUUGUCAAGAAAUUUGACGACCUCAUUACCACCAUUGAUAAGAGGGUGCUUGCAAACUACAUGCUAUGGCGAGUCGUGUUGCAGUCGUUCGCCAUGUUAAGUAAAUCGUGGAGAGAACUGGUUCAGGACUACAACACUGUUAUCACGGGUAAAACCAGGGAAUCGCCUCGUUGGGAAAAGUGCAUGGGAACGUUAACUGGUAGCUUAGGAGUGGCACUGGCAUCGCUGUACGUUCGUAACCAUUUUAAAGAAGAGAGCAAAGAAUCGUCACUUGAAAUGGUCAACUAUAUCCACAAGGAAUUCUUGAAGAUUUUGGAUGAAGUUGAUUGGAUGGAUGACAAAACAAGAGAAAGAGCCAAAGAAAAGGCUGGUACUAUUCAACCGUAUAUUGGCUAUCCUGAUGAACUACUGAACGUAGACAAGGUUGCAGACAUUUACGAAAACCUAACUCUGACUUCAAAUGACUACUUCCAAAAUGUUCAGAAUCUGAGAGUCUGGUCCACAGAUUACGCUUUUGGUCAGCUCCGGAAACCUAACAAGAAGGGAGACUGGAAAAAGCACGCUCGUGCAGCCGUUGUGAACGCUUACUAUAAUUCCCUGGAGAAUAGUAUUGAAUUCCCUGCUGGAAUCCUGCAAGGAGCGUUUUAUGAAAAAGACAGACCAAAUUACUUGAACUAUGGAGCAAUUGGAUUUGUUAUUGGUCACGAAAUAACUCACGGAUUCGACGAUAGAGGUCGUCAGUUCGAUAAAGACGGAAACAACGUGAACUGGUGGGAACCUGAGACGGACUUUAAGUUUAGGUCCAAAGCCAAGUGUAUAAUUGAGCAGUAUGGUAACUACACCGUUCCGGAGAACGGACUACAGAUUAAUGGCAUUAACACCCAAGGUGAAAACAUUGCAGACAAUGGAGGACUGAAGGAAGCCUAUAGGGCUUACAGAUCAUGGGUCAAAGAUCAUGGACCCGAGCGUUACUUGCCUGGCCUGAAGUACACACCUGAACAGCUGUUUUGGAUUAGUGCAGCAAACGUGUGGUGUGGAAAAUAUCGGCCAGAGGUCCUUAAGUUGAGGAUACUGUCAGGAUCACACAGUCCAAGCCAGUUCAGAGUGAUCGGAACCUUCUCUAACCUUCCUGAAUUUUCUGAGAGUUUCAACUGCCCGGUCGAUUCCCCCAUGAAUCCUCAGAAGAGAUGUUCCGUUUGGUGAUACCCCUAUUCAAAACGUCGGUUCUCUCACUAUGAUGAUUUACAUGGCACAGGAAGUUUGCUAAGCGGGCAAAUCUCGUAUAAAAUUGACGCCCCAUUGCGCCCAUAAUGAGACAAAAAAAAAACAAAUAAAAAGAAAAACCACUUUAAACAAACAAAACAAUCGUAUAUAUCUUCUUUUUUUAAUUUAAGACGUAACAAAAUUACCUGCAUGAUAAUAUAUUGUUGUUAACACUAACCUGAAGAUUUGUAUUCGAAUAUCGGAACCUUUCCAGUGGUUAAUGCUUAGUAAACUUUCUGUAUAUACUUUAUUUCUCUAUGGCUCUUAUCGUUGUUAAGAAACUAGCUGUUGGAAAGUAUAGGCUUAAACCAGAGUUUGUGGAAAGAAGGAGGAUUUUGGGGGCAAACAACAAAAGUAAUCCGUGUAAUUGUUGAUUUUUUUUACGAUUGUUUUGACUGUAACUGCGUGUAGUUGCCGUAUUUGAACACGAAUGUGUUAAAGAGAAGGCCUUAUUUUGAACACGAAUGUGUUACAAAAAAGGCUUCUGUUCUUGAGAAGAGUGGGCUUGUAUAGAUGCGAAUGUUUUUUUUUUGUUGCGUGUUUUUGUUUCUAAAUCCUUUUUUGGAGUAGAAAAAGAGAGAGAGAGAGAAUUUAACUAACCCUAAUAAUGUGCAGUAAUGAGGAACCCACGUGCUAGAUAUGAAAUUAACCUUAUGUUUAUUUCGGACUUUUAUCAAUAUUCGAAAAGUUUCUUUGAAAAGGGGAUUUUGUCAUUUAUUUUAAUUUUUUUUAAAGCUAUAUUAGUAUUUUUUUACCUUUUAAAUCUGAAACUGUAAAGCCUUAUCGUAGGUAUACGAUCGUCGUUCGGUGUAUGAAUUAUUGACACAGUAAAGUUUUCGUUGAUCGUUGCACCAUCUAGCGUACAAACAUAUUUUCUCGUCAUUAAGAGUUUUUUUUUGUUUUUUUUUAAUAAUUGAAAUAAGAUGCUUUUGUACAGAUAAUUAUAUGAAAUGGUACUAGAACUAUAAACAAUAAAUUUACUAUUAAAUCUGUCUGUAUAAUAGAUGUGGAAUGUAUUAGAAAAAGGGGGAAAAUGUAUCGGUGUGUGAGGAGACAACAUACAUUCAAAAUGGCCACUAAAAGGAUUUGUUGUGAUUUUUGUGUAGUUUUUGUAGUAUUUCUAGGAUUUCAUAUAAAUGUUAACCGAUACAAAUGUUAUUCGAAUUGAGAUGUUAUCUUGUUGAUUUUUUUUUAAUCUAGUAAAAAAAAAAAAAUGUUGCUGCUGUUAAUGAAAGUGGUUUUAAAAAUUUAAUUUCUAGGCGUCGUUCGUUAUCGCUUGCUUUCCUAUACCUAGAGUACACUGACGUACUAGUCCUCGUGUGAGUAUGUGACCUGUAAACAAAUAUAGUCUAUAAUGUUAAAUCUCGAUGACCUCUUGCUAAUGUGUGAAGUUCAAGGUCGCUCAGUAAAAUCAAAUUUGUCACAAUCAAAAUUAGAUGUGUUUUAUUAUUAUUAUUAUUAUUAUAUAUAUAUAACUAAAUAAUUUGUCAGACUCGGAUAAAACUAUUGAAAAACUAGGUGGAGUUGCUUCGCACAUGUUUUAAGAUUUUAACCCUAAUAUUGGAGUCAUUGAUAGUUGAAUUAUAUGUUUAGUACAAACUGUUUAUAUAAUCGAACGUUGCAAGUCUGAAAUAUUUUAAAAUAAUAAUAAUAAAAAUUAAAAAAAAAAAACGUGAAGGGUUGGGUACUUAACCCUCUAUUGCACGCAUUCUAAAAAACCGGUGAAGAAAAAAAAAAGUUUGAAUUCCUUACUUAAAUAUGUCUAUAUUCCACAAUAUGUUUUACUAAAUUAUAAAUGGGUACGUUACAUAGAAAUAACAUUGUUUAAUUGAGGAACCAGCAAACAUAACUCCGUGGUUUAUUUAAACUGUUGCCCAGAAAUAAAAGUAUUAAACUACAGAAUUCAAGUGUUUUGAGCACCAAAGGUAGAUGUGCAAUAGAGGGUUUUUUAUAUAUAUAUAUAUAAUUUUUCGCAGGGCUCCAAAGGUUUAAAUGUACACCAGGGUUAAUGUAAUUUAUAAGCUACAAGUUAAUUUCAAGUGGUGUUUUUCUGUAAGCUUAUUCGAAUGACAAAAGAACUAUAUUAAGUUCACAAAUAGUACAGGUGACUUGGCUGAAAGAAAACAAUGUUUAGUUACAUAUUUUACCGUCAGAUGUUGUUAUGGUCAGCUUUGUGCAACUAUGAUGUGAAGCGCGUACUUUUGGAAUGCUUGUUAAGAAACAAUUUUGAACAUUUAUGUAUAUUUUGUGUAUGUGUAUUUUGUAAGGUUGGAGAUUAAAUAAAAGGGUUAAAUACACAUUCAAA